AUGCUAUUCAUUCCUGGGACUGGCGUCAUCGAGAUAUCUUUUGCUCUGACUCUUCUGAAAAUUAUUCAGAAUCGUAUCGAGAUCUUCGCCUUAUACUUUAUCAGCUUUGCUGCAACUGCAAUAACGGUCAUUCCUUUCUUCUGGUUUCUCUUGGCUUGUCAACCGAUCAGUCUGAACUGGGCCCUUGGAUCAGACUCUUGCUACGUCGACGAACGUACCUCUAUCUUUAACAGCCAUGGCGCUGUUACGGCAUUUUUGGACUUGGUUCUCGGGAUCAUAAUUCCAGCCAUAGUUUUACACCGUCUUAAAGUUCGGCUGCAGGUCAAAGUCAUUGCGGGUGCUAUGCUCUCUGUGGCAUCGUUGUAA